AUGUUUAGAAGAACUAUCGACGUACCAGUAACCUAUGGCAGCAGUUUUCCGUUCUUGAACCAGCGAUCCUUCACCCUUCGACUAUCGAGCUAUGCUUAUCCCCUGGAAGACGUCGUCUACCUCUGGGCAAAUUCGCCUCCGCUCGUAGCUCCUGUCGAGGUAUCGCCUGAUCUGCUCACUGGACCUGUCACUUUUGCGGAAGCCGAUGCCGACGACUGCGUAGGAAACUUUACAGUCGGGGAAGCUGGAAGGCUCGCCGGGAGUCGUCCUACUUCAAAAUUGUUCUGCAACGAAAUCGAACGGUCGUUAGCCGACGGAAGGUGGGGGCGCUAA